AGAUCUACUAUAAUAUAUUGUAUUUAACUUCAACAAAAACAAUUAUUGCUUUGUUUUCAAGUGAGAAAUUUAUUCAGGGAAGGACCAAAAAACUUUAUAAAGUCAGAUAAACACACAUUAGUAUAUAUUAUAAAUAAACUACAAAUUAAAUAGCAAAUGGGAGGGAAAUUCCUCAACUAGGAAACUUAAAGGAGACUUUUUUUUUUAGUUAAGGAAUAUAAAGAGGACUUGGGAAAGCAGUGGGAAGAUGGUUAUUACUUUAAUAUGUAUAGGAGAUAUUUCUAAUGUCACUUUUGUUUUUACUAAAAAUUAUAAAAUUUAUACGUUUCGAAGCCUACCCGCGUUAAAAAUGAAAAUUGGUGCACAUGAAAAUUGGUACAACUCUUAAAUAAGUUUUUUUUUUUUUUUUUUUCUAGAAGAUCAUAGUUUCGAAUGCCAAUUUUGUAGAAGAGCUACUUUGAAAUUUUGAUGUUCGGUGAAAUGAAAUUAGACCUAUAGGCCUACGUGACUGGUUGGAAAAAGAGCCUUAAUCUGAAACCCACUCCAAAAGGGCCCUAAUUAGACCUCUAUAUGUAUACAUCAAAGUUAGAACUUAGAAGGCUUCUCUCUCUUUUGCUUGCAGUUAGUCGAAGAACAACAAUUAACAAGUAGCAGAACCUCCUUAGUCUCGCCGAUUAAUAGUGUCUGCAUGUUCGAUUGUAAUUUAAAUUUUGAUAUUUUCAUUGAUUGCAGUGUAUCAAAAGAUCUCAAAGUCAUCUUUGCAAAGCACAUCUUUGAGUUAGUCUAACCUUUGAGGCUAAGAUAUACAUACAUAUACUGACAUACAAUUACAACCUAAGAGAGAGGUUACACUAAACUUAGAAUAUACGAUAUAUGGAAAUUAUCUCCUAAUAGUUCAUAACCGUUGAUUUAGUAAAACAUGUACGGGCUUAAAAGGGACGGUCUAUUACAAUUGAGCUCUCAGAUUGUAUAGCUAUUAUUUCCUUUCAGUUUUUGUAUCGUCCUGUUAUAUAUGUGAGUUUUCCAUUUUCUAAUAUGUUAAUGUUAAUUUCUCCGGUUUCUAAAAUGUAAAUAAUGUAAUUCUUUUCCAUUUUUUGUUUAUUCCGUUGUUUCUGUCCCAUCUAAUAUAUGAACCUGUAAAGCCUUAAAACUUGAUAUAUAUAUAUAUAUAUAUAUAUAUCACAUUCAAAUUUGAUAAUUCAUUAUAUCUUUUCUCUCUUUCACGUUUCUCUUAUAAAAAAUGACUACCGAAGAUGAUGUUUUGAGGAUGAGGCAGGAGAGGUUGAUGGAGAUGUCGGAGAAAUUGUUGAACCUAAUGGAUUAUGCUGAGUCACAAGUUGAAAGGUUUAAGGUGAUCUUGACAUCGCGUGACGAUCCAGUCGCUUCGUUUUGUGCGGUGGUCGUCUGUCUUGUCGUUUGCUUGGUUCCGUUACAGAUUUGGUUUUACGUUUUGCUCCUCAGUUGGCCUAUUUCCCAGUUUCUUCGCAGCGACUUGCCCAGUAAAAUCAACAACUUCUUCAAAAGAUUACCACCGACCAACGAAGAGCUCGACUUGCCCAGUAAAAUCAACAACUACUUCACAAGACUGCCGCCGACCAACGAAGAGCUCAUGUCCUGACAACUCUGAAAGGCGGUUUCU